AUGAAUUUAAUCGAAAAUGAUAAUCGUUCGGAAUAUCCCAUUUUUAUAUGGGUUGAUAAAAAUAUAUUCAAUUGGGAAAAUAGGAUUAAUUGUGAACAAUUACAAAAUGAUUACUAGAACUUAUUUCAAGCAUUUGAUAAUAUAUCUGAUGCUUUAAAAAUAUUAAACAAAAUUAAAGAUAAAGAUGUUACUAUCUUAACGAGUGCUCAAUGUGCUUAUUAACUUGUAAAACAGACAAAAAAAAAUAUGAUCGUGUUUUGUGGCACUAAAUUUUAUCACCUCAAUUUAUUCCUCGAUAAUACUUAGAUCAAAUCUAUAGUAUCAAAUUCUUUUCAAUCUGCUCAUGAAGAUGUCAUUAUGAGUAUGAAUUAAACUGAUAUUUACAAUGAUUUUAUAAAAUUGUUAUCACCACCCUAACAAUAAGCAAUAGAAUAUCAACAUUCAAAGGAUCAUGUGAGUAUCUAAUUUCUAGUUGUCAUAGAGGAUAUAAGAAAGAACAAAGAACCUGAAGAAUCAGAUAUAUAUAAUGAAAUUGAGGCAUUACUUAAUAUUUCAAACAAAUAAUAGAAAAAAUAAAAUAUCUUAGAAGAUUUACAAAAGAAGGAAAUAGAAAAAGAACAAUUAUUAAAAGAGAAAUUUAAUUUGUUCGAGAAAUUAAUUUAUCUAUACAGUAGAGAAGAGAUAUAUCAAGUCUUUAAUUAGUAAUUUGCAUAGCAUAAUUAUUAAAAAAUUAAAAAUAUUAUUCUUUGUCUUUAUCAAGGAUUUAAGUAAUUAAAAGAAUAUAAAUUUUUUUCAUCCCUUUUUAGAGGAAUAUAUUUUGAUUCAAAAGAAAUAUUUGAAACAAUAAUUUAAGAUCUAUAAUCUUCAUAAAUGGAGGGAAAAUCUCUCUUUUGGAAUACAAUUACUAGUACAUCUUUACUUUCAGAAAUUGCAUAUAAUUUUUGUUCAAGUUGCAAUUAUGGAAUACUUUAUUAAAUUCUAUUGGAUUAAGAUGUUCCUCAUCCAUGUUUUAAAUUAUAAGCAUACCAUACCCAAUAUCCAAAAGAGGAAGAAGUACUAUUAUUCCCAUAAUUUGAAUUUAUUGUUUAAGAAAUCAAUUGCAUUUAAGUAGAACCCAUUACAAUCUAUUUGGUUACUAUUAAGCAAGUAAAAAAUAACUAUGCAUUUGCUCUUGAUCCAAUGCUGAGAAAGAUAUAUUGGGAUAAAAUAAAAGAGGAAAAAAUUAAACCAAAAAUUGAAACACUAGUAAAUUUUUAAAGUAAAAGAAUUUUUGAAUUGAUAUCAUUUUUUGCUGAAGAAUUUAAAGAUUAAGAAAUAUAUAUGGAUGAAAUUCUCUAUAGGAUUGAAAAUGAAUUAGUGAAUGUGUUUGGAUAGAUUCAAAUGUAAUUAACAAAAAUUCUAAGUCAUUCUAAUUACACUGAUGUUUUGAGUCAAAUUGAAAAGCUCACUAAAACAUAUACCUAAGUUAUUAAAAUUGAAUACCAAAAUCAAAAUCCCUAAUAAUUCUUUUAAUCGAUAGAAGAACUUAUAGAUAAAGUAAUAAAAUCCUUAAGAUAAAAUAUUUGCACAUUGAUCUUAAAGGGAAUUAUCAACAUUGAAUAUUGGAAAGAAUAUUUAGAAAACUUACAAGCAAAAUUAAAAAUGAAACAAUCUUAAAACUCAACAAUAGCAGUUCCCAAUAGUUAAAAGGUAGACCCAUCGUCUUUGUAAUCUUAACCUGUUUAUAAGGGUAAUACUUCAUUAUUAUCCUAUUAACAACUUAAAGGAUAGAAGAUUACUUCUUUACAAUAAGUUUAACAUAAGAAUGGCAAUUUUGCAUAUGAAGCCACUCUUUAAGAUGGGAAUAAAUUGUUGAUGCAUCACAAUCCAAAUAACAAUAAUGAACUGACAUUUACUAAAAAAAUAGAUGCCACAGGUAAAAAUGGAUAUUCAAAUAAAUGGUAGAAAGUAGGAAAACCAUUAGAAACGAAAUCAAUAACAGUAUAAGAAGUAUAAUAAUCAAUACAGGGAUAAAGUGAGAAAUUUAACAUGUAAUCCAUUUAAGCAAAGGAAAUGAACUAUCAAAUCUAAUAAGCUAAAAUAUCAGGGUAGAUAGGUGGAGUAAUAGCAGGAACACUUGGUAGUUUGACUGUUGACUGUAUAAUCGAUGGAAUCGAUGCAUAAAAAUUAGGCAAAGGAUUAUUAGCUUCUGCUACUAUUUAAGGAGGUUUAAUAUAUGCGUAAAGUGUACAAUCUUUUGGAAGAGCAGUUCCUUAUGUUGGAAUUGGAUUAACUGCAUUUAUGACUAGCAUUUCAGUAGGAGGAGUAAUCUUGUCUGAUUUCUUGUCUUAAAGUGAGAAAGUAUAUAAUUCUAUGUUGAUUGCUGUAAAAACUGGAAGUGCUAUAGGAUUAGGUUAUUUUGGAAUUGAAGGUGGAAUGGCAUUAGGUGCUACAAGUGGUCCAAUUGGAGUUGUGAUAGGUGGAAUCAUUGGAGGUUUUAUUGGAGGGGCAAGUGGUAAUUUAUUAGGGAGAGCUAUUGAUCAUUUUACUUAGUUUACUUUACAAGUCGAUUUUAACAAGAAUCAUAAAUCUAAAGUUGAGGAUGGUUACUUAAUCAAUCCAGGAUAACUUCCAAAGAUAAAUUGGAAAUACGUCAAGGAUAAAGUAAAGAGUCUAAUUUUAAUUGCAUAAACUGACACUCAUAUGGCUUGUUUAAUUCCAAAUAUUGAUAGAAAUAGGACAGAAAUCUAAGAGAAUGAAGAUAUUGGGAUUCAAUUUAAUGAAUAUAAAUAUAUAGGUCCCGACGAUUCUUGUAAAAGUAUUACAUUUAGACUCCUUGCAACCACAGAGGAAUAUGUUAAUGAUGAUGAGAUAUUGUAGCAAUUAUAAAAUAAUGAAACAAACAUUAUUGAUAUUGCUUAAGUCAAAAUUAAUUUAGAAAAUAUUAAAUAAUGA